AUGCGAAAACUCGGCGAAAAAAGAGUGACAAGAAUCCAGGCCGCUCAAGUUGCAUUGCUUCCCCAGCCGCAAACCCGAGCAGAAGUAUCACCGGUAACUGACCUCGAGCCCGGUCCACAACCUCUCCAUCUAGGACCCGCACCUGGAAAGAGGUCCAUCACUUCCUUAACUUCGGAGUACACCGGCAAGAAAACUCGAUUGAUGCCACUAAGCCCGCCUCGCCAGAAGACUAUGCAGUGGCAGAGCAUUAUUGGUUCGGGCCUGACAGUCCGAGACGAAUCUCCUUGGGGUACUUUCAGAAAGUACUACGAUUGUGACCUAGCUGGCCCCGUCGCGAUACUGCGGAUUCUCCGCUCUAUGCGCCAUGAGAACCUGGCCUCCAUUCGGGAGUGUUUCCGCACUCCCGAGCUUCUGUACACACUGGGGGAUUUCGGCCCUCUCGUUCUGGAUCAUAUCGUCGUUUUUAAAGCCUUCCCAGACGAGCAGGAGCUGGCAGCCAUAAUGUCUCAGUUCAUUGACGGGCUGUUAUAUCUCGUGGCGAACAACUUCCAUCACACAUCCCUGAAUUGUUCUAGCGUCAUUGUGAAUCUCAAUGGGCAGGUCAAAAUCGCACGGAUCGAUUGCUGUGUUAUCCGGCAACAGGGCACAAUUCAAGCCAGUGACUUGGCACCAGUUUCGAGAAUCAUGAUGGAAUUGAUGCAGAAAUAUGUCAAAGAAGAUGGGGCAAUAGGAAUUGAUAAUCUCGACCGCUGGAGAAGCUGCCCGGCUGCGAUCGAAUUUCUCUGCGCGACGAAUUCGGCAAGCUCUUUUGAGGAACUGAAAGAGCUUUGUUUCCCUCGGACUUUUUCCAUAACGCAACGACUGUUGACGGAAAUUCCAUGCCGCCCAGGGAAUCUCAUCGGACUUGCAUGGUUUGCGUUGAUCUCCGCUCGUACAUUCUACUCGUACACGCCAGGGCCCAUGAAGAACGAUUAA